AUGGCUCGUGGGCAGGCAGGGAUGUCUCCGCAAACGCAGCGACCGCUGCAUUGGUGGCCUCACUGGGAGCCUUUCUAUUUGGUCUUGAUAUUGGACGUGGGUCACCUAGCCAACUGGAGAAGCAAAGCUUCUCAGAUUCCUGCCGGACAAGCUGGUUUCAUCGUAGCAAUCUUCUCCAUCGGCUGUAUUCUCACCUCCUUUCCGCCCAUCAGUAGUUUCUUCUUAGACGAGCUUGGACGGCGGAGUAGCAUCCUCUUGGGUGGCGUGAUCUUCCUAGCUGGUUGUGCUCUUCAAGCUUUGAGCCAGUCCAUGAUCGUCUUUCUGCUGGGCCGCUUAGUGACAGGCACCUCAAUUGGACUCCUCAGUAAUGUGGUGCCCCUCUACCAGGCCGAGAUGGCACCCGCUGAGUUGCGAGGCACCCUGACGUCCAUGUACAACAUGAUGAUCACCACAGGCAUCUUUGUCGCCGCGUUACUGGAUGAAUUUCUGGUGGACAUCGAUGGGGGCUGGAGAACCGCCAUCCUCCUACAGGUGGACUGUGUGGCUCCGGAGAAGGGGCUUGAGCAGCACGGCGAACAG